AUUAGCAAAGCAAAUGGCGUCGAGAAUUUGUGAACACUAUGCUCUUCCUACUAAAGUAUGUUUUAAAGUCAAAUUAAGAGCAGACAUCUUGAAAAUAUGAGUGUAGGUAGCUUAAUACCGGCUCGCUUUCUUACCUUGACAGCUCACCUUGUCAUAACUAUCGUUAUAUUUUGGUCAAAGGAAUCGAAUGUCUCUGAAUGCCUUCCUGUGUCUUAUUCACCAUCGGAAUAUGACAAUAAAAGUAAAAGUUUAGUGGUUGGACUUUCAAUAAUGUUGGCAUGUAUAUUUAUUGAAUUGAUGAGCUUUCUUGGAGGAAUUUCUAUGUUUCAUGCAUCUGCUUCGAUGCUUUCUAUAGCUGUGCAUGGUGUUGGGACCAUUGUGUUGUCAUUCUUCAUUUUGGAAUCAUGGAAUUGUGAUAGAUUUUGGUUUAUAUUUGGUUUUUCCAGUGUCCUUCCUGUACUUGUUGAAGUUUUUGUACUAGUUACAGUCCUUGGUUUAAAGAAAGGAAUCUGAUUUAUUGGAUAUCUUCACAUCUUCUGAGUGCCUUAACAUGCUGUGUUGUCAACAAUAUUAGUGAUCUUAAAAAAUAGGAGUAUUUGUAAUAGCUCUUGUCUAAUGUUUUGUUAAAGCUAAUGGGAAUACAGAGAAGGUCCUAAUACUUCCAACAUGAAUGUAGGUUAAAAAUACACAGCUGAUUCUAUUGCUACUAGUUUGGUAAUAUUUGACGAAAUCAACAACUAAAGUCAAAGAGGCUAUCAUUGUUGCUUAUUGGGCUUCUUGAUAUGAGUAAUCCCUGAAGAAAUAGUCAUAUAAAAAGAACAAAUACAAGAUGUUUAGCUCCAUGGACUUCCUAGCAGCUAGGAAUCCUGAUACAAACAAUUUUCUUGGAUGUUACAUGGAAGUAGACGUCAGUACUUUGCAAUCCCAGCUAUCCCCCUUUUUUAUCAUCUGGCUUGUGUUGAUUUCGGACAGCGUUUUCCGAAAGACUUGAACAAGAAUCUUCAAAUUUAUUUGGUUAAUACUAUGUUCCUAUUAGAAUCGAAUGGAAGUAAUUGUUUGCUAUAUUGAAGAUUUUGGUAUCUCUUCCAAUUCACAGCUAAUGGUAGCUGCCCUGGAUCUUUCUUCGCCAGUUGUGUUGCUGUUUUUUCGGCCUACAAAUGAGAAAUGUACUUGAUGAGCAGACAGAACCACGAGAACUGCAUAAAAAUUUCACAAUACAACCAGACGCUUUUUAUUCGUGCGUAUUGAAGUAAAAAUGCUCGUAAGUUGAAGGAAAAUAGCAUUUUGCAAUAAUUUCUAUUAUCCAUUGCUUACCUUGACGGACAUCGUGAAGAGACUGUUUGGUUGAAGCGAGCGUCUUCACUCUACCCAUGAGAUAAAGAACAGCUUUCUUAUAUCGCUUUAACCUUUUCAAACAAAGUAAAGGACACACAAGCGGUGCUGCCAAGGAUAUUGUUCCGACAAUCACACCCAUCCUGUGGUUGUAUUCAACCUUUGGUCUCAGUAAAUUGUAAAGGUUGUAGAUCUAAACAUGAAAAGGUGACAAAGUUAAAUAAAUAAUGUAAAAGAUGAAUACUAUUAACUUUCAAUAUCGCCAGCUGUAUAUUUACUCCAUUUACUAGUAAUAGUGGAUGGAUAUUUUCCUUCACAACUUACCAGAAAUGGUAGCCAGGUUAUGUAGUAAACGAUCACGAUGUAACCCAUAA